GUCACGGCGGCGUUGGCGGUGGCGUUUUUUUCUACCCGGAAACCGCGGCUGCCGGACCCGGGGACGAGUCUGUGUCGCCACGGCGUGAGCCGGACUGGCCUCUGGGCCUCGCCUGGGCCCCGCGGAGCCCGACGCCGCCCCCGGCGCGGCGGGGAGGAUGGUGCCGAGCGGCCCCGGGCCCGCCGCGCGCCGCCGCCAGUGAGCUCUGAGCGGCCGCGGGCGUCCGCCGACCAGCUGGCCCGGCUGGGCCCGGGGCGCGCCGCUGCCCACCGGGGCGGGGUGGAGCUGAUGGGAAUAAUGUUCAGCAUCAACCCCCUGGAGAACCUGAAGCUGUACAUCAGCAGCCGGCCUCCCCUCGUGGUCUUCAUGAUCAGUGUCAGUGCCAUGGCGAUAGCUUUCCUGACCUUGGGCUAUUUCUUCAAAAUCAAGGAGAUUAAGUCACCGGAAAUGGCGGAGGACUGGAAUACGUUUCUGCUGCGGUUCAACGAUCUGGACUUGUGUGUAUCUGAGAAUGAAACACUGAAGCACCUCACAAACGACACCACAACCCUGGAGAGCACGGUGGCCAGCGGGCAGGCCAGAGCGUCCACCCAGUCCCCGCAGGCACUGGAGGACGCGGGCCCACUGAACAUCUCAGUGGCCAUCACGCUGACCUUGGACCCGCUGAAGCCCUUCGGAGGGUACUCCCGCAAUGUUACCCAUCUGUGCUCGACCAUUCUGGGCCAUCAGAUUGGACUUUCAGGCCGGGAAGCCCACGAGGAGAUCAACAUUACCUUUACCCUGCCUACAGCUUGGAGUUCGGACGACUGUGCCCUUCACGGUCACUGCGAGCAGGUGGUGUUCACCACGUGCAUGACCCUCACAGCCAACCCUGGGGUGUUCCCCGUCACCGUACAGCCACCACACUGUGUUCCCGACACGUACAGCAACGCCACGCUCUGGUACAAGAUCUUCACGACCGCGAGAGACGCCAACACAAAAUAUGCUCAGGAUUACAACCCUUUCUGGUGUUACAAGGGGGCCAUUGGAAAAGUCUAUCACGCUUUGAAUCCCAAGCUUACAGUUAUUGUUCCAGACGACGACCGUUCAUUAAUAAAUUUGCAUCUCAUGCACACCAGCUACUUCCUCUUCGUGAUGGUGAUAACCAUGUUUUGCUACGCGGUCAUCAAAGGCAGACCCAGCAAGUUGCGUCAGAGCAAUCCCGACUUCUGUCCCGAGAAGGUGGCUUUGGCCGAUGCCUAACCCCACAACUGCCCGUUCUCUGAGAGAGACUGAGAGAACCAUAAUCAUUGCCUGCUGAACCCAGCCUGGGCCUGGACACUCUGUGAAUAUAUUAUCUCGCAAUGUUGGGUUAUUCCAGCCAAAGACAUUUCAAGUGCCUGUAACUGAUUUGUAUAUAUUUAUAAAAUCUAUUCAGAAAUUGGUCCGAUGAUGCACGUGCUUCGCACUGGGUGCAGCCGAAAGCCUUCAGCCCCACCGCGGACUUGGUGGGAUGCGCCUGCGCCGCCGGGGAGGACGGGCGGCUCGCUGCGGCGGAGCGGACCGUGCCGUCUUCCCCGUGGUCGCGGGCGUUUCAUGGCUGGCGGGGUUGAGGUUUGCUUCGGUCCUGUCUCAGCCCGUAUGUACAGAAUGUUCGAAACCGUCUGCACCUUCGAUGUGAUACUGCAUUUCCAAAGCCACCAAUCCAUUUUGUGGAUUUUACGUGUCUGUGGCUUAAUAAUCAUGGUGACAACAAUAAUCCCUUUUUCUCCGUUUUGCUUGCAAGGAAACAUGCCUGUCUUUCUUAUUUCUUGUUUUGUUUUUUUUUUCCUUUGAAAAGAAAAGUAAAAUAGUCACAUUUUAAUACUACUCUAGUUAGGACAGACUUGUGCUUUCAUCUUGAGUGAAAAGUUAACUAUUGAAAAAUCACCUACUUGGUAAAGAUCUAAGUUUCAUUUUCCAUACAGACGGUGAGGAACCUGGUCUUGUGUGGGGCGAGUUGGCACAGAAUCUCCCACUGUCUUCUCCUCUCUUGGCCCUUUCCUCCAUUAUCAGAGUUAAAGCAGCGUCCUCACUCAGAGAGCUUAAAAAUGAAGUGAAUGGCUCUAGAGUAGAAAUCAGCUGUUCUGUUUGCUGGAAUGCUGACGGCAGUUUGGAAAGAGAAAGCUGGUUCAGCCCAAUAGUUGUGCAGGAGUUUCUUGUCUUCCUUGAAGAGGGAGUGGGUUUUCUUCCUUCUGCUGUUUGCAUCUCUGUCUCUGCAGUGAACGUGUCUUCGGAAGGAAGUGGCAGCUGGUAGAUCCGGGCACGUCAUGGUGCCUGUGGAACUGGAAGGAAGGCCGCUCUGAUCCGCCGUGUCUGAGGAAGACAAAAAGCAUUUUUCUUUCCUGUGGCACUUUGCUGAUCAGACCCUUUAUCUCUUUUUUCUUCUAAUCCAUCUUGUAAAAAAAAAAAAAAAAUUUGCGUGGUCUUUCCUA